AAAUAAUCUCUGGUCCCAUCCAUUAGGUCCAUUUGUUCCUCCAACUAUCUAGUAUGUGGCUAAGAUUCCCUGUCUUCAGAUUCCAUACCCAUGGCCACUUCCAACCUCUCCCACCGAAUUUCGCGGCCGUUCCCCGCGGCGUGCGUCAAUUUCCGGCCACCAAGCAGCGCUGUUAACCUCCGCCACCUGGCAACUCCGAAGCCCAGAAAACUGGCCCUCAAAAAGUGGGCGAUCCAACUGAGCUUAGCGGAGCAAAGCCCACCGAAAGCAACAGUGUUCGACAUACAGCAACUCGUGGGCUUUCUCUACUCGGAUCUUCCACACCUCUUCGACGAUCAGGGUAUUGAUAAAACGGCCUACGACGAACGCGUGGUUUUUCGAGACCCAAUCACCAAGCAUGAUAAUUUGAGUGGCUACCUUUUCAACAUUGCUCUUCUCAAAACACUCUUCAGGCCUCAGUUUGAGUUGCAUUGGGUCAAACCGACAGGACCGUAUGAGAUAACUACAAGAUGGACUAUGGUCAUGAAAUUCGUGCUGCUUCCUUGGAAACCGGAAUUGGUCUUCACUGGAACUUCCGUUAUGGGCGUUAACCCAGAAAAUGGCAAGUUCUGUAGCCACGUGGACUUUUGGGAUUCAAUAGAAAAAAAUGAUUAUUUUUCUUUCCAAGGUUUGUGGGAUGUAAUCAAACAGUUGAGGAUUUAUAAGACACCGGAAUUGGAAUCACCCAAAUAUCAAAUAUUGAAAAGGACGACAAAUUACGAGGUUAGACAGUAUGAUCCGUUCAUAAUAGUAGAAACAAAUGGAGACAAGCUAUCUGGGUCUACUGGCUUUAAUGAUGUUGCUGGAUAUAUCUUUGGAAAGAAUUCCACAAUGGAGAAGAUACCAAUGACUACUCCUGUCUUCACUCAAGCCAUGGAUGACCUGUCCAAAGUGUCAAUCCAAAUAGUGCUUCCAUUAGACAAAGAAACAGAAAGUUUACCAAAUCCUAAUCAAGAGACAGUUCGCUUGAGAAAGGUUGAAGGAGGCAUAGCAGCAGUAAUAAAGUUUAGUGGAAAACCCACAGAGGAUAUUGUUCGUGAAAAGGAGAAAACCCUGCGCUCCAAUGUCAUUAAAGAUGGUCUUAAACCUCAGGUUGGAUGUUUGCUUGCACGGUACAAUGAUCCAGGUCGAACAUGGUCCUUUAUAAUGAGGAAUGAAGUGCUCAUAUGGCUGGAUGACUUUUCGUUGGAUUAGCAUCAAUGCAGAAAUCAUGGCUGCGUUUUAUCAUCACUGCACACGUCAUCUUAAUGUCAUCCUCCAAUGUGUUUGGCGAAGUAUAUGAAAUAUAUUAUUAGAAUGUCUCUUCAGGUUCGUCAAGGAGGGAUGUUUGGAACCAAAAAUAGGCAUAUACUAAACUCUAUACUACACACAGUAAAAGUUCGAUUUUUUAUUAGUGGCUACUCCUCGGUUUGUAAAAGAACAGAACAAUUUUCACGGGCUAUAGCCAGAUUUGGUAAUUUUUGUAUUUAUCGGUUAGUUGUUGAUAGUUUGAUAAUUGCUAUCUGGUCCUAUUGGUGUUAGUCUUUUUGGUAUGCUUGC